GGGGCGUGUCCCGGUAGCGGGAAGCGGGGAGCGCGGCGGCGGCGGCCGGGACGUACUGGCCCGGCUCCGGGAGCCCUGGACGAUGGCCUCCUGCCCCUGCCUUUGAAGUGUCACACAAGGACAGCCACUGCAGGGACACAUGGCUACGGCCAGCAAGGGCAGCAAGGCCAAGGGGGGCGCCGUGCGCUUCGCCCCCAGCCAGCCCUCGGAGGGGGCCCACGGCCACGUCCACUUCGACGAGAAGCUCCACGACUCGGCCGUGAUGGUGACGCAGGAGAAGGAUGGCAGCUUCCUCAUCAAGGUGGGAUUCCUGAAGAUCCUCCACAAGUAUGAGAUCACCUUCCUCCUGCCCCUGGUGCAGAGGCUGGGGAAGGAUCUCUGUGCUGUCCCCUUCCCCAACCCCAACCUCCGAGUCAUCAGCAUCACGCCCGUGCCGGAAGGUCACAGCGUGAAGUGUGAGUACACAGCACACAAGGAGGGUGUCCUGAAGGAGGAGAUGGUCCUGGCCAGUGAGACCAGCGAGGGGGCCUCUGUCAAGGUGGUGGUCCAAGCCCGUGUCAUGGACCGGCACCACGGCACGCCGAUGCUGCUGGACGGGGUGCGCUGCGUGGGCGCCGAGCUGGAGUACGACUCGGAGCAGAGCGACUGGCACGGCUUCGACUAGACCCAGCCCCCGGCCCCCUCCCACACGGCUCCGGAGGGGGAAGCGCCAAGUGAAGAGACAACAAAUCCCCCCACCGCCUCCCUCCCCCCACCCCAACCUUCUCCUCAUGAUGUCAGCAGGUCCCCGGGGGCUGCAGCUCCAGGGACAAGCUGCUGCUGCUGCUGCUGCUCCUCAACUUGUCCCCACCCGGCUGGCAGGA